AUGCAAUCGAAUUAUUUGGAAUUUGGUGAUGCAAGUCAACAAUUUCAUUCAUUAGAUGAUAUUUACUAUUUUGGUGGUCAACAAUCAUCCCCAUAUGAAGUGAUUAUACCAGAUGAUGAAAAUAAUUUACAACUUGGUGAAUUAGUUCACUUUUAUGGAAAUCAUUGGAAUGGUUAUUCUAAAGUGGAAAAAUUGAAUUCAAAUCGUAGGAUAAUUGCACCAGCGUUUAAAUUCUCCCCAAGGAUAAUAACCGCCAAUAUGACUGGUGCACAUUGA